AUGCAGAGUAGCAGUAGGAGAAGCAGCAGGAGUAGCAGUAGAAGUAGUAGCAGGAGUAGUAUGAGUAGCAGCAGGAGUAGUAGUAGGAGUAGUAGCAGGAGUAGUAGUAGGAGAAGCAGCAGGAGUAGUAGCAGCAGUAGCAGUAGGAGAAGCAGCAGGAGUAGAGCAGCAGUAGUAGUAGGAGAAGCAGCAGGAGUAGUAGCAGGAGUAGUAGUAGGAGUAGUAGCAGGAGUAGUAGGAGUAGCAGCAGGAGUAGUAGUAGGAGUAGUAGCAGGAGUAGUAGCAGGAGAAGCAGCAGGAGUAGUAGCAGCAGUAGUAGUAGGAGUAGCAGCAGGAGUAGUAGCAGCAGUAGCAGUAGGAGAAGCAGCAGGAGUAGAGCAGCAGUAG